CACCACAAAACCACCAACUUCCCCUUCUCAUAAUUCCAACAUUCACUUAAUAAACACAAUAACACACAACCAAUAUUUUCACUAUGAGGAACUCUAGCUUCCUUUUAGUAGCAUUCCUUCUCAUGUUCAUCUCAACCGUUGUCGUCCAAGCUGCGGACGACAAGAAGAAUCCUGCACCCAAGCCGAAGCCGGUUGAGGAUGAUGCGACUAACUACGACGUCUGGACACCUGAUCCGGAGACUGGACGACAACUGGCGUAUUGUAAAUCGAAAGGGGCGUGUUACCAGAAGGUGUUGACGUGUCCCGCCGAGUGCCCCGAGAGGAAGCCCAAGAAGAACAGGAAGCAGAAAGGGUGCUUUAUUCAUUGUGGUAGCAAGUGUGAAGCUACUUGCAAAUGGAGAAGAGCGAAAUGUAACGGGUAUGGUGCUUUAUGUUACGAUCCAAGGUUCAUCGGCGGCGACGGAGUUAUGUUCUACUUCCAUGGCGGUAAAGGACGUAGUUUCGCACUUGUAUCCGACACCAACCUCCAAAUUAAUGCUCUCUUCAUCGGAAACCGCCCCAACGGUAGGAAGCGUGACUACACAUGGGUCCAAUCGGUCGCGAUAAUGUUUGACACCCACACCCUAAUCAUUUCAGCCAAAAAAGUGUCCCAAUGGGACGACUCUGUUGACGUGCUCCUCGUGAAAUGGGACGGUCAGGAAGUGACCGUCCCAUUUGAGGGGGACGCAGAGUGGAAAACCAACACUGGAGUAAGAGAAGUGUUGGUUGAGCGAACCGACGACACUAACUCUGUUAGAGUUAGUGUCGGUGGGUUGGUCGAGAUCGACAUGAAGGCCGUCCCCGUGACUAAAGAAGAAGACAAAGCACAUAACUACCAGUUACCGUCUAACGACGCGUUUGCCCACUUUGAGACACAGUUUAAAUUCUCGAACCUUUCCGACGACGUGGAGGGCAUUUUGGGGAAAACUUAUAGGCCGGGGUAUGAGAGUCCGGUGAAGCGAGGAGUCGCCAUGCCGAUAAUGGGUGGGGAAGACAAGUAUGAAGUUCCAAAACUAACCUCAGCUGCUUGCAAUGUAUGCAUGUUUCAGAAAAACCCUGCUGGUGGUUUGGCUGAUGUUUGAUGUUUUGGUUGUUGAUUAAUAUGUUACCAUUACAAUUGUUUGGAUUGCAUGUACAUGCAACUGUUGUGUAAUUUGUUGGUGUCAAUAAAGGUAUUUGUCAAUAAAAUGAAAGAACAAAGGUUUGUUAUUAUG